ACAUUUAAUGAAAGCCCCUUUAACCCCAUUGCUUAAGGAAGCUUCAUUUUACAGUCACUUGGGCUAUCUAAAAAAUACUGUGAGCUGAUCUUUCAAAAAACGAAGCAUAUCAAAAUUAGGAAACUGAGCUAAAUAGUAAGUAGCCUUAGUUUUACUGGUAUAAAAUUAAGUUUGAUGUUUAGACAUAAAUACGCGUAUGCAUUUUGCAAACAGUAACUCUUUUGCGUCAUGCCUGUCUACGGAAACUUCUGCGGCCAAACCGACAUCAUCUCUGAGUUUGUGCGCACAUCUCUAUUCCUGUCCGGAGUGCAACGGGUUAAGAAGCGGGGGUCCAGAUUCCUCCUCUCAUGAUCGCCAUGAUGAACAAAUGAACUCUCGGGGAAUGAAAUUCAAAUUUCACAAAGGAGAAAAAGUCCUCUGUUUUGAACCUGACCCAUCUAAGGCCAGAGUGCUCUACGAUGCAAAGGUUGUUGACAUUGAGGUAGUCAAAGAUGACCAGGGAAAAAGGGUCCCAAAAUAUCUGAUUCAUUUCAAUGGUUGGAACAGAAGUUGGGAUCGCUGGGCUGCAGAGGAUCAUGUGCUCAGAGAUACUGAAGAAACUCGGAAUUUACAACGUAAACUGGCACGCAAAGCUUUGGCUCGCAUGAGGAAAAAGGGAUGGAGGAAGCGACGUUGUCGUUUGCUAGGUGUUAACUUAUUCUUAAAGACCCUCCCUGAAGAGGAAGAGGAGGAGAGUGAUGAUGCUUCUCUGAUUUCAUCAUCUGAUGAUUGUGACGAAGACAAUUCAGACCCAGAGUCUUUAAAAAGUGAGAGUGACUUUUCUGAGGAUUUGGACAAAAUGAGGGAAGAGCAGGAAGCUAAUGCCAAAAGAGAGAUUGAAGAUAAGAUCAUCACUAUAAACAUUGACAUCCCUGAUGUUCUCAAGAAGAAGCUGGAGAACGACUGUUACUACAUUAACAAAAGAAAAAAGCUGGUGAAGCUUCCAUGCCAGAUGAAUAUAGUAAAUAUUCUGGAAUCCUAUGUGAAGCACUUCACUAUCAAUGCAGCUUUCUCAGCUAAUGAGCGCUACCGGCACCCUCAGAGCUCCACACAGACCAGUAUGAGUCCACAUUAUGUGCCACCUGAGAAGAAUGAAGAGCUCUGUAAAGAGAUGGUGGAUGGUUUGAGGAUCAUAUUUGAUUUCACCCUUCCGCUGAUCCUCCUGUACCCAAACGAACAAGCUCAAUUUAAGAAAGUCAGCUCCUCCAAGUUCUUCCUGCCAAUCACUGACAAUGCAGUUUGCUCCAGUAGGACUCUUAGAGAACGUUCACCCAGUCCUGGCCAGAAUCCCUCGACCCCCCAAUCCACAGACAGCCAACCAGCUCUGAGUGAAACCUCCAGCAUACCUGUCACCAUGGCAACCACACCCAAGCGUCGUCGCAGUGCCAAUCCAGAUUCUGACUUCACACAGUUCCUGCGACGCUCGACUCGCAAUACAUUCGGAGGGGAUCGGUUGGCAGAGGCUGGGGGUGGAGGCAGCUGCAAUGCUUCUCCUCAACCCAAGCGAAGGCUUACUGAGGUGCCAACACCGCUGCCCAAAUUCUUCCUCAACCUGGAGAAGAAGACUCCGGUCCACAGCGGCUCCUCUUCUCCUUUGCCCUCGACACCCAGUAAGGAUUGCGGUGGAGUUUUCUUAUGGCUGGAAACCCAGAAGAACAGUGAACUAAAUGAGGUUUUGAGCUGGAGAUUGACACCGGAUAACUACCCUCAGCAUGACCAGCCCCCCCCUCCAUCUUACCUCUACGGCUCUCAGCACCUGCUCCGGCUCUUUGUGAAACUUCCAGAAAUCCUGGGGAAGAUGCACAUACCAGAAAAGAACCUGAGGGCACUGGUGAAACACUUCGAGCUUUUCCUGAGGUUUUUGGCAGAGUUUCAUGAGGACUUCUUUCCAGAAUCUGUUUAUGUGUCUGCAACUGAAGCACAUUACAACAUGAAGCAGCCACGUUGAGUCUACUAAGAGCCCCUAAUGGAGAGAAAUUUUGCUGAGCUGUGCCCCUCCAAAGUUUUGCUUCUGUGCCUUUUCUUUUUGCCUGUGGAUCCUGUUCGUUUCUUUGGACCAUUUCCACCUGUCCAUUUCUAACUUAACCUGUUUACCUUUCUGAGAACUUGCAUUACAGUGUUGUACAAUUUGCAAAGGUUUUUUUAUUAUUGUUAUUAUUAUGCUUAUUUCUUAAAGCAUUUUUGAUUUAGUGUUGAAACAAUGGACGUCCAUUUCUUAUUUUUUGGCUAUUCGAUAGGAUACAGGGAAGACCCCAUUACUUCAAGCUUGUGCUUCUCUUUUUUUCUUCUAUAAAAGAAAAUCGGACUGUUUUUGUCCUCGCCUUCCCCAUUCUGCAGCAGCCUUCUCUUUUCCUUCUAUAUGUGCUUAAGCAACUGUGCAAGAGACUUUUAUUACAAGUUUGUUCCUGCUACAUAGAAUUAUUGUGGUUUCAUUAUUUUUUUUAAUUUGAUUUGUAAUUUCCUGUGUAUAAAGCCCUCAAUAUUAAUAGAUUUAAUUUCUUUUUUAAUCAUGAGAAAAUAGGAAAGGGCUGGCAUGUACAUUAUUCCCAUUUCUUUCUGUAACUGUAUAUUUGUUUCUUAUUUGUGUUCACCUUUUUAUUCUGUCUUAAGGCAUGCACAAAAGAACUGCUGUUGAAAAUAAUGUAGACAUGUCUUUAUUAUUUGUAAAUUAUCAAUGAUCUUUAAAGUGUGUCAUUAUGGUGACACUUAAACUUUAAAGGGACUGUAAGCAAUUUCAGACAUAUUUCUAACUUCAGCCACACAACUUUUCUUCAAACUCCUAUCCUCCAAAGGCAUGUCAGCAAACCUGAACACACCAAGGUGGUAUAAUUAGACCCAUCUCAUCAGGUACUGUAGUUUUAAGGAAAAUGCUGAUCUGUGACUGACUUGCAUGGGGAUUGAAUAAAGUAAAAAUAGAUAUGCAUUGAAAUUCUCCAAAAUCCCAGCGACGUCUUUUUCAAAUAAGGGACUCAAAGUACAGUCAUUAUUGUGAAGCAGAUUAAAGGUAAACAAAGGUU